AUGUUGGGACGGGGUGAAAAGGACAUGCAAGCAAUGGCAAUUCAAUACGACCUGUAUUACGGUUCGCAUCAAGCCACUCAAAAGGGUAGCUUAUCCACCAGCAUCAGCAGACAGGGCAAGCACAAAAGGAUUUUGUGGUCUUCCAGCAAGUCGGUCCGUCGUAUUCAAGAUCGUUUCUCGGUACCGCGACAGUGUCCGUGCGAGUGGAUCCAGUGUCCGCAAAUUCGUCGUCGAAAAUCUCCCGUAACAUUGGUGCCGAAACCCGGGAGUAAAGUUGCAGUGCAGUUAACCUCAUCACCACGUGCUUCGGAAGGUUGCUGCAUCGAUUUGUCAUCUCGUCGCGGUCAAGUGUUCGCAGUUCGGAUCGGAUUCUUCAUUAGUAACCGUCCAUACAGCAGCAUCAUCAUCUCGUUCGUUCAGCAGCAGCAUCAUCUCGCCGUCGUCGUCAUCGUCGCAGCCAAGCGGCAGAGAAAUGGUCAAGUGCCCAUUCGCAUUCAACGUCUUGAUGCGCUAUGGCGUGAAUUCGAGGAAACUCAAGAAGAAAUUGAGAUCUUGGAGGAAGCAGAACAGGAUUUUCUCCAAGAAAGAGAAGAGUUCCAAACCCUUUAUUACGAGCUCAAAGCGUCGUUACAGGGUAAACUUCCUGUACAACCACCCGUACCUCCGCCACUUCCUUCUGCCCAACCAUUGAAUUCCUCCGUUCCUAUUUCGUCAAGCGUUCGUUUGCCCGAAAUUAAAUUAAAAGAGUUCACGGGUAAUCUCGAAGAUUGGAUUCCGUUUCGCGAUCUGUUCGUCUCGCUUAUACACUCGAGCGUGCAGCUAACUGCGGUGCAGAAAAUGCAUUAUUUACGAGCUGUACUCCAUGGCGAUGCAGCUCGUAUAAUUUCUUCGCUAGAGAUUUCUGCCAAUAACUAUCUCAUUGCGUGGAAUUUGUUGAAGGAACGAUACGAAAACCCGAAAUUGUUGGUAAAACGGCACCUGUCUGCCAUACUCACAAUUCCUGCGUUAAAAAAGGAGUCUGCACAGGGCCUUGCAGAACUUGCCGACGAGUUCGAUCGCCAUGUGCAACUGUUGGAUAAGCUCGACGGCGCUGAGAACCACUGGAAUUCAUUCCUGGUCGAACGGUUGAGCCAAUGCCUUGAUCACAUUACACUUCGUGAGUGGGAAACACACGUUUCUGAAGACGACGAUUAUCCGAAGUAUCAAGAACUCCUCGAAUUUAUCCACAGAAGAUCGCGAAUCGCACAAACUCUUAAGCUCUCCCAAUCGGCAAACGUCCAAUCCGAGAAUAAACACCCCAAAUCACGGGCAAUCACUUCUCACAUCGCCUCUGACAAUGGGCCCAGGUGUAUCAGCUGUAAGCAAGCACACUUCCUGUUCCAGUGUGAACAAUUUCGAACGCUCUCUCCCCAACAACGGUUUGAAGUCGUGAAGAAGCAUGGACUGUGCAUCAAUUGUUUGAAAGGAACACACCAAGCGAAGAACUGUUCCAGCGGGUCCUGUAAAAGCUGUGCGAAGAAACAUCAUUCGUUAUUACAUCUGCCUCCCCUCUCAUCGGCCACUGGUUCACAACCAGUAACAACAACAAAGCCACCGGUGCUGAACAAACCCGUUGAAGCAAAUAGUUCGCAAUCGUGUCAAAUGUCGCACUUCAUUCCGAAUCGUGUCGAAGGCUCGCCGUCGGAAGAGCCCGCGGUAGCCUUACCACCUGUCACACCAUCGGUUCUCUCGCAGUCGUCGCGCGGUAGUUCUCUCCCAAAUCAUUCAGUGUCGUCGGUUGAUUUCGUUGUAAACCCUCCAUCCACUGCCUGUCAAAGUGCAGAAGUGAUCACCAAGCUCGGCAGUCAACAAGCUCUGUUAAACAGCGGCUCACAGCCAAGCUUUAUCUCUGAAGCUUUGUGCCAAAAGCUAAGACUGAAGCGGACAAGGUUAAACUCACCAGUUAGUGGAAUCGGACAAUCCGUAGUCAACGUUCGCUACUCUGUAUCGUUAGCCAUUUCUUCUCGUUUCGAAACAUUCACUGCUCAAUUGGACUGCCUGGUACUACCGAAGCUUACCGUUUCACUGCCUAGUCACCACAUAGACGUCUCUCGCUGGAGAAUCCCCCGGAAUCUCCCUCUCGCUGAUCCACAGUUCAACAUCAGUCAAAGUGUGGACAUUAUCAUCGGAGCAUCACUGUUCUUUGAACUGCUCGAGCACGACAAAAUCUCGCUCGCUGCUGGAUACCCAACGCUGCAGAAAACAGUGCUGGGAUACAUCGUCUGUGGGACACUAGAGCAGCAAACGCCUGAAACCAGUGGACAUCAAACCUGUCACAUUUGUGUUGACGAAACACUCGAUUCCCAACUCCAGCGGUUCUGGGAAAUUGAAAACUUUGACGAAGGUAAAGCACUCACUCCAAAUGAACAACAUUGCGAAGAGCAUUUCCAAGCCACCGUCGCCCGUGAUGAUACGGGCCGCUAUAUUGUCCGUCUGCCGCUCAAGGAAGAAAAGCUAUCAAUGCUUGGAGAUUCGCAUACUGCUGCCCUGCGGAGAUUCCAACAAAUGGAAAAAAGGUUUGCUAGCGAUCAAGAUCUUCGUCAUAGCUACAUGCAGUUCAUGAGUGAAUACGAGAGCUUGGGUCACAUGGAAGAGGUAUCCGUCGCGUCGCGUAGCCCACAGUUUUUUCUUCCCCACCAUGCCAUCCAGCGCCCAGAGAGUACGACUACCAAAACACGUGUGGUGUUCGACGGAUCCUGCCGAGGGCCUGCCUCGAUAUCGUUGAACGAUGCACUGUAUAUCGGACCCACAGUGCAACCAGCCCUCUUUUCUACCGUCGUAAACUUCCGUCUACCACGUUUCGCCAUCACCGCUGAUGCGGAGAAAAUGUUCCGGCAAAUAUGGAUCCACCCAGAUGACCGGAAAUACCAGCAGAUCCUCUGGCGGGACAAUCCAUCCGAUAAUAUUCGAUCGUAUCAACUGAAAACCGUUACGUACGGUUUGGCAAGCUCACCGUUCCACGCUGCUCGCGUGCUGAAUCAACUAGCCAUCGACGAAGGUCAUCGUUUCCCACUAGCUGUUCCAGUCAUUCUGAAAGGCACCUACGUGGACGACGUCAUCUCAGGACACGACAAUCACGACACUAUGGUCGAAACAUGUGAGCAGCUGAUGGAGAUCAUGAAGUCUGCAGGGUUUGUUCUACGAAAGUGGGCCGCAAAUUAUAAAACGGUUCUCAGUAAAGUUCCCCAAGAGUUGUGGGAAACAUCUUCAGAAUUAGAGCUCGAUCGUUCGCAAGCAAUCAAAACACUGGGUCUGCUGUGGUUCCCCCAACCGGAUGUGUUCAAGUUCAAGGUCCCAGCACUUCCUGAACUAAAUGUCGUAACCAAACGGAUAGUAGUGUCCGAGAUGUCUCAACUCUUUGAUCCACUGGGACUCCUCGGACCAGUGAUCGUAAACGCAAAAAUGUUUAUACAACACCUCUGGGCAGCUAACUUGUCGUGGGAUUCUGAGAUUGCGGACGAGUCAGCAACCUGGUGGAAGAAAUACCGAACUGACAUAAGGCAACUCCAAGCUCUGCAAGUUCCCAGAAGGGUUCUUUGGAACACUGAACGAAAAUGCACGAUCCAUUGUUUCUGCGAUGCCUCGCAAAAGGGAUACGGUUGCUGCAUCUACAUGGUGUCACCAGAUGAGUUAGGUCAACUACAUUCCCAUCUACUCACGUCAAAAUCUCGAGUAGCACCUCUUCGAGGGUUAUCUAUUCCACGCUUGGAGCUUUGCGCAGCUCUCCUCGGGAGUCAACUGGUCCACAGCCUCACAAGCAACCUCAACUUUGCAGUGCCAGUGAUGUUUUGGACCGACUCAACUGUCGCACUACACUGGAUCAAAUCCAGAUCGAAUACAUGGAAAGUAUUUGUCUCAAACCGCAUCGCAGAGGUUCAGCGCCUAUCGAAAGGAUCGCAAUGGAUGCACGUGCCGACCGACCUGAACCCUGCCGACCGCAUCUCCCGAGGAAUGCUUGCCAGUCAGAUCCUGCACGACAAGUUGUGGUGGCAUGGUCCAGCGUACCUCACCUCCCCCGUCGAAUUGUGGCCAAAGUGUGCGGUUUCGAUGCCGACCAAGUCGGAAUUACAAGAAGAGAAGCGCCCUUUGGUGUCCCUAAAUUCGGUCGAAGAGAACGCAACUGUUUUCAAUGAAUUCUCAGAAUUAGCAAAGCUAACAAGAUUCGUCGCUUACUGUUUCCGAUUUAGGAACAACUGCAAAUUACCGAGAAAUCAGCGUGUACUCACUGCCCUGGCGCCUAAGGAAGUGGAAUGCGCGUUAAAAUCACUGGUUCGCCUGGCUCAGCAACAAGAAUUUCCAAUGGAGGUUCAACAGUACACCCGUAAUGCCACGGAAACUACUGGCAGAAUUGCAUCGAAAUCGCCACUCAAGAAUCUCAACAUUUUCAUGGACGAAUUCGGACUUCUUCGUAUUGACGGGCGACUGAAAAACUUGGAUGCACCAUUCGAUACUCGUCACCCAAUGCUACUCCCAGCAAAUCACAAGUUGAGCUGGCUGAUUGUUCGGUCCAUUCAUCUCCAGACUCUCCAUGGUGGUCCUUCUCUAUUACUCGCCACAGUUCGACAACGAUUUUGGCCACUUCGGGGUAGAGACUUGGCUCGUAAGGUUAUACGCAAAUGUGUCACGUGCUUUCGGUGCAAUCCUACUCCAGCAAAUCAGCUCAUGGCACCUCUACCGUCGGUUCGCCUCAAGCCAGCUCGAGCCUUUACGUAUGCAGGGAUGGAUUAUUGUGGGCCGUUUUUCGUUCGUCCACUGAUUGGGAGAGGUUCGUCGGUUAAAGUGUACGUCGCGUUAUUCGUCUGCUUGGUGGUAAAGGCCGUGCACCUCGAGAUUGUCGCUGAUCUGUCGACCGCCGCGUGUAUCAAUGCCGUCAAACGCUUUAUCGCCUGUCGCGGUCGGGUUCUCGAGAUACAUUGCGAUAACGCAACCGCAUUCGUCGGGGCGGAUCGCGAGUUACGGAAGCUGCGGAAGGAAUUCCAGCAGCAGUUCAAGUCCGCGGAAUGGGGCGAGUACUGUGCAGGAAAUGGCAUCACGUUCCGAUUCAUCCCGGCACGUUCGCCACAUUUUGGUGGCAUCUGGGAGGCCGGAGUGAAAUCUUUUAAGUACCACUUCCGCCGUAUCAUGGGACAAAAGGCUUUCUCAAUGGAUCAACUUCUCACGGUCGUAGCCCAGAUCGAAUCUGUCCUGAACUCUCGCCCUCUCGUCCCUCUUUCCGAUUCUCCAGAUGACCUAACAGCUCUGACACCAGGGCACUUUUUGAUUGGGGAGCCUCUAGUCUCAAUCCCCGAGCCAGACCUGCUUCAUCUGUCCCCUAAUCGCCUCACCCGUUUGCAGGACAUGCAACGCUCAGUUCAAGAUCUGUGGCGCUGCUGGUCUCGGGACUAUGUAAGCCAGCUACAUCAGCGUAGCAAGUGGAGACGCCCAUCUGCGGACGUUCGAAAGGGUCAACUGGUGCUUUUGAAACUCGACAACUACCCCUCACUACAAUGGCCUCUUGGACGCAUCGUAGAAACCAUAGCCGGGUCAGACGGCCGAGUCCGCGUUGUGGUGGUUAAAACGGGUGCUGGGGAAUACAAGCGGGCAGUCACGGAGAUUGCGGUGCUCCCAAUCGAUUCCGACAACGAAGAGAAGGAUGGAUCAGCAUUAUCGCCACCUGGCGACCCAGUAGUCGGUUGA